AAAAGAACAUUUAUCCUUAAACGGUAUGAAUUAAAUUGACGAGAUCUAUUCAUCAAAUUAGGCAAAGCUGCCCGCGGGCAGGACUGAACCCUGUCUUCCGACAAUUUUUCUCCCACGACACCGAAUUUCUCUCUUCAACCCUGCAAUUAGGGUUUCUGUUUCUCUCCUCCCAGCUCAAAAUUGAACCCAGUACCUCCUCCACUUCCUUCGAUCGACCUCAUCGCCAUGGCCAAGACGAAGCCGGGGAAGAAAGACGUCGAUUCCUACACUAUAAAAGGGACCAACAAAGUUGUCAGACCUGGAGAUUGUGUGUUGAUGAGACCAUCUGAUUCUGACAAGCCACCGUAUGUGGCAAGAGUUGAGAAAAUCGAGGCUGACCACAGGAGUAACAUGAAAGUGCGGGUGAGGUGGUACUACCGCCCUGAGGAAUCAAUUGGAGGCCGUAGGCAGUUCCACGGUGCCAAGGAGCUCUUCCUGUCCGACCACUAUGACGUACAGAGUGCUCACACCAUUGAGGGCAAGUGCAUUGUGCAUACCUUUAAGAACUACACCAAGCUGGAAAAUGUGGGAACGGAGGAUUACUUUUGCAGGUUCGAGUAUAAGGCUGCUACUGGAAGCUUCACUCCCGACCGUGUUGCUGUAUAUUGCAAGUGCGAGAUGCCUUAUAACCCGGACGAUCUCAUGGUGCAAUGUGAAGGAUGUAAAGACUGGUUUCAUCCUUCUUGUAUGGGCAUGACUAUUGAAGAGGCGAAGAAGCUGGAUCAGUUCUUGUGCUCUGAUUGCUCAUCCGACGAUGACACCAAAAGGUCUUUGAACUCAUUUCCUGUAUCGCCAGCUGCUGAGAUGAAGUAGCAGCGAGGACGAGGAAUGACUUCCUUUCUAUUUUGAGACGCGAAAUACUUAUUCAAGUAAGUGUCCUCUAACCCUCGAUGAUAAUCAAUUGUUAGGUGGAGGCGAAGCGCAGAAAGAGGUGACUGGGUGGUGCUGUUACGGUGCAUGAGUAUGUACAAGUUUUCUUUGCAUAGUAGCCGCGCUAUUUGUUGUUGUACCUUGGAAUUGUACAGUGCAGAGAGGGAAAACUAAGACAAGGCCUGAGGCUUUUUCCUAAUUUAUGGUAACCUAGUUUUUAUUAUCUAUUUAUUGUAUCAUUGUGCAGACUAAGUAAUUGUUUGUGGUGAUGCACACUUUAAAAACAUUGAAAUUGUUGAUCAUUAUUAACCCUCGUUUUUCGAAAGUGUGAAUUGUAAUUUGUUGUAGUUUCUAAUGUAUUGUAGUGUUCAUGUUUUCA